CCGGUGUUUAUGCUUCAAUAGAAGUAUAAAAUGCAAAAAGUUAUUACGAAAUGAGUUUUUUGAAAAGUGAAGAAUUGAUGAGAUUAUAUUUCUCUGAAAUUAUAUUUUUGAUACCGUAUAUUACGUAUAAUAAUGAACAGGUUGAAGAAAGAGAAGUGGACGAGAGAGGACGCAACGCUUUACACAUCCUUUGUUCUCAAAGAGAAUAUGAAGAACCAUAUUGGAUGAUUAGGAGACUGAUAAAGAGAAAAUUCAAUCCUAAUACUCCAGAUAAAGAAGGAAAAACGCCUCUGCACUUAGCUGUCAUAUCUGAGAAUUUCAGAGCUCUGAAGCUUCUCAUGAAAAACGGUGGUAACAUCAACGUUCUAGAUGAAGAUGGCUGGCCACCUAUGUUUUAUUUAAGACGUUGCAAGCACAUGGCGCACAUACUUAAACAUAAUCCCGAUUUGAAUUAUCGGGAUAAGUAUGGAAAUAAUAUUUUUCAAUUUUUCUGCAAAUUCGACCCAUUUAAAACAAAUCCAUUUUUUAUGUUAGCAAAGCAUAAUAUAAACUUUGGAAAUGUAAAUAACAAGGGGCAAAAUUGUCUUCACAUUCUAACUAGAUACAAUAAGUUUAUUUAUUUCGUUGGCCAAAAAGAUGAUCCGAAAAUCAAAUUAAUGAAAUUUCUUAUACAGAAAGGUGCAAGUGUAAAACAGAAAAAUUUUAGACUAGAAACACCACUGCACUUGGCAGUUGUAUAUGAUCCCGAUUUUGUGUCUGUUUUCUUACAUGCAGGUGCUGCACUUGAUGUGGUCGAUGAAGAUAACUUAACACCAUUUGAUAUUGCAAUUUACGAAGGAGGUCUAGCUCUCAAAGAAGUAAUUAGGUAUAUAGUGUUCAGAAAGCACAGACGUUUACCUAUUAAAAAAAGAAAUAUGGAUUUAAUUAAUUCAAUGGAGGAUUUAAAAAAAAUUUUUGAAGAACUUGAGGGUCCCAUGGAAGAUCUCAAGAAUGAAAAAAUUGUUCCUUCUUCUCCAACAACAUACUACGACAUUAUUUCUAGCACCAAAAAUGAACUUUUGCAGAUUGUUAACAAUUCUGGAAUUGAGGGAAUGCUUGGUGAUGUGGGAGAACGAUUAUCGAACAAUCAAUAUAGGGAAGAGAUUUUGAUGGUUAUUGAGGAAGGGAUAUUUCUGAGAGAUCAGCAAUUAGCCAUAGACAUUCUGACAGAAAGUCUUGGACGUAGAUUACCAUAUUUAUGUGUAGAGAGAAUUGUAAGCUUUAUGUCUGCAGAAAUGAUCAAGGAAUUGAUUAAUAGUAAUGGAAAUCCCAAUCAAUGAUCUCAAGUCAAACAAUUGUUAUCAUGUUAUCAUUUAGUUUCCACAAAAAUCAUUGCAACCCCUACAUAUUGAUCUCAUAACGUCAAUAAUCUUGCUGACAAAAUGAUUCCAAAUAUUUUAUAUGUAUAAUAUACUUUUUUAUUUAUUUUAAAUAUUCGAAAAAUAACGUAAUGACAAAAUUUGACGAAUUAUAAAAAAGUUGCUAGACUAAAAAAAACACAUAUUCUAAUGAUUGUAUCACUUAAUUUCAUUUUUAUUCUAGUUCAUGUAUCUUAUAGAUAUAUAAUUUCUCUGUAUGUUAAAAUUUCCCCUCCAACAUUAUCUGUUCGAAUUCAAACAUAAGAUGAUAAAAAUAAUCAAAUCAAAACUGAGGCUUUUAUAGUUACUAUGAAACUGCCGCUAAUAUGUGACAAACUUCUUAUGUGCCUUAAUUUAUACUUUGUGAAUAUUCAAUAAAUUGUAUAAUUAUGA